UAAAGACAAGCCAACAGCGGAGACACCACGAAAUCUUCCACCAACAUGCAAUCCAUCAACUACCGAAAUAACUUCUUCUUUCAAAACCCAACAAUAAUUAGGUUUUGUUCGUCCAAAUUUUGACCUUUUUUCCCAAUAAUUUCCGACGCUUAUUUCACAAGUAGCAAAAGUUCUUCAAAAAUCUUGAUGUAUAAUCACCAAAAGUCCAAAUUUCUUGCGAAUUUUUAAUAUUUUGACCUGUGGAUCAUCAUCAUCAUCAUCUCCCUCCGAAUUCAAUCUCCAAAACCUAUCACAUUUGUUAUAUGUUGCUGAUAUGUGGUCAUCGGGAACGGUAAAUGAACCUCUGCAGAAGGGGAUUCGGUGAAUUGUGAAAUUAACAUUUACGUAUAAUGCAAAUAAAAAUGCAGAGAGAUCAAAUGUUUACACAUUUGUUUCUAUCUUUUAAUUGCUGAGAAAGAAUGUCUGCCAAGAAUCAGGAGAAGAAGGAUGUCGACCAAGUAUCAGCAACUUGCCUCUAUGACCUCUUACAUAUAGAUACAAAAGAAAACUGGAACGAUGAAUCAGAUGAACAGACAUCAUCCUCCAAUUCAUCAGCUGCAAAAAAGAGGCUAGCAAGUUUUUCAUCUGAAUCUGGUAAUGAGUUAUGUGCAGAUUGUGGAUCUCCAAGUCCAAAAUGGGUAUCUGCAAAUCUUGGAGCAUUUGUGUGCAUUAAGUGUUCAGGAGUACAUAGAAGCCUCGGAGUGCAUAUAUCAAAGAUAUUGUCAGUGAAUCUAGACGAGUGGACAGAAGAAGAUGUUGAUAAUGUGAUAAAACUUGGUGGAAAUGAAGCAGUAAAUUCAAAAUAUGAAGACAGCAUUCCAGAAAACCGUAGAAAACCACAACCAGACUCUUCUAUAGAAGACCGUUCUGAUUUUAUCAGGAGAAAGUAUGUAAUGCAACAGUUUUUGAACAUGGAGGAACAGUUGUCUUGCCCAUUCAAUCCAGCAGCCUUGAACUGCAGUUCUGCAGGCUUAAAUUCUGUAGUGGAGAAGAAGUAUUUAAACAGUAUGCGUAUGCAUAACAUUAGCCAAGCUUUUCUUAACACCAGGAAAAGAAAAGAUGCUGAAGUAAAGCCCGCCAGAAAAAGUAACUCAACGGCAGGUAUGGUGGAAUUUGUUGGUUUGAUAAAGGUCAAUGUGGUCAGAGGCAUUGAUCUUGUUAUCAGAGAUGUCAGGAGUAGUGAUCCUUAUGUUAUGCUCUGUUUGGGAAAUCAAUCAGUGAAGACACGGGUUAUAAAGAACAACCUCAAUCCUGUUUGGAAUGAAAAGUUAAUGUUGUCAAUUCCUGAUGACAUUCCGCCUUUGAAAGUGGUUGUUUUUGAUAAGGAUAAGUUUACAACGGAUGAUUAUAUGGGUGAGGCUGAGGUUGAUAUUGAAGCAUUAGUUUCUGCUGCAAAAGCUUUGGAGAAUGGUAAUGCAAAUGAAGCUGAAAAGAAGUUGGCAGAAGACAAAGACAAGCCGAAUGUCAACAAGAAUGGUGUGGUCAAACUUGCAGAAAGAAAAGCAAAACAAGAGGUUUCUCUAAAAUUGCAAAAUGUUGAGAGUGGUGAGAUAGUCAUAGAGAUUGAAUGUGUGCCAUUGACCCAAUAA